CAAAAGCCAAAACUUUCACUUUCUUAGGUCAAAAAUUUCAUUGAUUGAAUAUACAGGGGAAAUCUCGACCCGUUCUCGUUUUUUCUCGCGCGAUGAUGUGACGCUUCCUGUUUGAAGCCGUUAAAAACAUCAAAGAAUAUACUGAUAUUCCUGUUUUAUGACAUUGAAGCGGCAACUUGCUCGUUCGUAAGUGUCAUUUAACAAUAUACCACCAUAGCAUAGCCAACACAAAGUCCUGUCGUGAGAACUGAACUCCGAUAUUUCAUUUCUGUGUUGGUUUAAUGAGACUUUGCACAUCGUCAACACACCACCGUGUUCUAGUCACUACUCCAUGUCGUCUCCUGCUGACAACAGUACCGACGCCGAGAACACUCAGGUAAAACGAGCUAAAGUUAAAGAAAAUAAUACAUUUCACUGUUUUGUUGGGUGUGGUGCUGUUUGUUCCUCAUGGUGUAAUGCUGCCCCCUUGUGGUCAGUGUUCAGAAGGCACCUGGAUGAUCCACUAUGUGACCGGGGAUCUGUUCUCCUGCUCUGAGGACGAUGCUUUGGCUCACUGCAUCAGUGAGGACUGCCGCAUGGGGAAAGGCAUAGCUGUGACGUUCAAGCAGAAGUUCGGAGGAGUAGACGAGUUAAAGGAGCAGAAAAAGCUCACAGGGCAGUGUGCUGUCCUGAAAAGAGGCAGACGUUUUGUCUACUAUCUGAUUACAAAGCCAAAGGCCACCCAAAAACCAACCUAUGAAAGCCUGAGACUGAGCUUGGAGGAUAUGAAAUCACACUGUGAAAUGAACGGAGUAACCAAAAUAUCAAUGCCUCGAAUUGGCUGCGGCCUAGAUCGACUGAGGUGGGAAAGAGUGUCAGAGUUACUGGAACAGGUCUUCAGACACACAGGCAUCUCUAUCACUGUCUACAGCCUUCCAGAGAGAACAGAGACCACAGUAAUGAAGGAAAACAUGCGCUAAUUAUAGAUGUAGUAGAUGUUAACUUCCUGUCCUUCCAUUUUAUUUGCUGCACUUUAACGAAACGGUGAAAUAAACUUGUUUUGCAAUGAACUGAA